CCACGUGCCCUGGAACACAGAAAUCCCAAAUCAACGUCCUCGUUGUCUGCUUUACGUUGUAACUACAGACUUGCGUAACGCGAGACGGUCGCCGCAGCCGAAGAAGAUCGCGUUUGAACCCUGGUUUCCAUGGGACGGCAGCAGCGAGGGACGGCCACGCCGACGCACCACCGCCGGCCGCCAGGGGGCGCUGCUCCCCACCCACCGCCGGCGGCUCCUCUCGUCGGCGCUCUCUAUGGCCGUUGCCCGUGGCAGGGCUUCUGUUUACUUCCGGCAGGCCGGAGCGGCUGCAUGGGGCGCGGGGCCGAGCGCUGGCUGCGCGUUGCUAUGGCUGAACCCGCGGAGGAGGAAGAGCUGCCGGUGCCCGAAUCAGGGGCUGUUUUUACUUUUGGAAAAAGCAACUUUGCAGAAAACAUUCCUAGCAAGUUCUGGUUCAAAAAUGACAAGCCGGUCCAUAUAUCAUGUGGAGAUGAACACACUGCUGUUGUUACAGGGAAUGGUAAACUUUACAUGUUCGGCAGUAACGACUGGGGCCAGUUAGGACUAGGGUCAAAGAAUACUGUCCACAAACCAACAUGUGUUAAAGCUUUAAAACCAGAAAAAACAAAACUUGCUGUUUGUGGAAGAAACCACACUUUAGUUUACACAGAAAAUGGGAAUGUGUAUGCUGCUGGAGGUAACGGUGAAGGUCAAUUGGGAUUAGGUGACACAGAGGAAAGGACCACAUUUCAUUUAAUUAGUUUUUUUACCAACCAGCACAAGAUCAAACAGCUAGCUGCUGGAUCAUACACCUCAGCAGCAGUAACUGAGGAUGGGCAGCUUUUUGUGUGGGGUGAUAAUUCAGAAGGUCAGAUUGGCUUGGCUGACAAAACCUACGUCAGUGUCCCUUGUCAAGUAGAUAUUGGAAAACCCGUUUCCUCUAUAUCCUGUGGAUAUUAUCAUUCUGCCUUCAUAACAGGAGAUGGUGAACUCUAUACUUUUGGGGAACCUGAGAAUGGAAAGCUGGGGUUAUUGCCUGAGCAGUUAAAGAACAGUAGAGUCCCACAGCAAGUACUGGGAAUUAUGGAAAAAGUUAAUAAGGUUGCUUGUGGUGGAGAACACACAGUGGUGCUUACAGAAACAGGUGUGUAUACAUUUGGACUUGGACAGUAUGGGCAGCUGGGACAUGGCACUUUACUUUUUAAAACUUCUGUACCAAAGUCUGUAAAACACUUAAGGAAAUGUAAAAUACAUAACAUUACCUGUGGGGAGAGUCAUACUGCUGUAAUAGCAGAAAAUGGCCUCAUGUUUACUUUUGGAGAUGGGCGACAUGGAAAGUUAGGCCUUGGAGAAGAGAACUUUGCAAAUCAGUUUGAUCCUGCUCUGUGUUCUAAUUUUUUGAGUUUCACGGUCCUUUUGGUUGCUUGUGGUGGUUGUCACAUGCUGGUUUUUGCUACUCCAAGACCAAAAGAAUCUGAAGAAAUACUCCUAGAAGAUUUAUAUGAGAGCCGUUUGAUUUCUACCGUCUCUAAAAUGAGUGGAGAUUCACUAGUAACAAACACAUUACAAUUAACAUCAGCACGAAUACGACGUCGAGAGAGGGAACGGUCACCAGAACAGUUUAUUCAGAUGGCACGAACUCUGCCUCCACUGGGAGAACGCUUCUUACAAUCUUCACCGCUUGUGACUAGCAACACCAGUCCAAUAUGUUUUUCUACAAUAAAUGUUCCUAAUUCUGAGCCUGUGAAAGAGAGACAUCAUGAAAAAGAAAAGAAGCAUCAAAAAGAUGAACCUGAUGAAGGCUCUCCAGAAGAUUCAGAUGCUGAAAAUAAUGACAGAAACCUUGGAGAUACAGCUGACAUCCUAAAUAUGACGCAUGUGAUGAGAUUGAACUCCAGUGACCAGUCCUUAAAAUUAUCACCAAUUCAAAAACAAAAGGAACAGAACUUGUCUGGAGAUGAAGAAACAGAUGAUGAUGAUGAAGAUGAAGUAGCAGCAGCAGCAGUAGAAGAUGUGGAAGAAGAGGCGGUCGAAGAAGAAGAAGAGACAGUCAAAGAGGAAAUGGAGGAAAAACAUGAGGAAGAGAAAUGCCAUAGUAAAACACCUGAGGGAGAAAAAGAUGAUAAUAGCACAGUGGAAACUGUAGAGACAGAAGAGACUACUCAGAAAGAGACCAUCAUUCAUCAGGAGAAAGAAAUUACUGACAAUCACACUGUGAAUGAUUCUUCAGAGAACACUGAGGACCAAAUAGCUGAAGGAACAGUUGGGAGAAAAAAGUUUUCCCUGUUUAAACGAAAACCACUGACAGGCCAGAAGAAUGUAUGUAACAGAAAGGAAGAUGUUUCUGGAAAGCCACUCCAGAGUGAACAAGAAAAAGAAAGAGAAGAUUUAGCUGGUGAAGACAGCAAAGAUGAGAACCAGAAUCAUACAUUGGAGAAUUCUAAGGAAACUGUGACUGACCAGGAUGGAAGGAUAAAAUCUUCUACUUGUGUAUUACUCUAACACUGUGACAAUAUGUAAGAAUGUGACAGUCUUAAAGCACAUAGUGCAGUUUAUACUUGAAAA